AGUCACAAGAGUUCCCUCAACUUAGGAGCGCUUUGUCGUGUCUCACACACUGUUCCUCAGUUCAUAGUCCAUUUUCUGUUCGUCUCUCCUCUCUUCCUGAUUUUACUCGAACCUUCUUCAUCAAAUCCUUCAAUUUAGGGUUUAUCUAGGGUUUAUUUACCCCCAAUUCCCAAAACCCUUUUUGAUUGGCCUUUGUAGUUUCUCGCUCUCAUUACCCAAAUGGUUCGCUCUCAUGGCGUCACUCUCGUUAAUCGCCUUGCUCGUCGAUCUUUCCGUGGUGCCAACCAUUCUGUUUAUCAAUCAGUGUUCCAAAGGGGUUAUAGGACACUGAACUCUGGGCUUUUCCAUCCAUCGAGAGUUACUGGUAGUUUUACGUCUAAUGUUGGAGGUGGCUUUAAUUUGAAGAAAUGGUUACUAUUGGGCGGUGCAAAUAAAUAUUGGGAGGCAUCUAGAUUGAUUCAUGGCUCAGGUGCGAGCAUCAUCACCUUUCUUAAGGCGUGCAAGAGCAGUGAACAACUGAAGCAAGUGCACGCUUCCAUCAUCUACCGAGGCCUUGAGCAAGAUCACUUCCUCAUCUCCCUUUUCAUUCCCCUCUCACACACCCUCUCCACUCUCUCCUACACCUCCUCUGUCUUCCUCCGUGUCCUCACCCCUUCAACCUUCCUCUGGAACACUCUCAUGAAAUCCCAUUGCCACAACAGCUGCUUCUCCCAAACCCUCACCGCCUUUACUCGCAUGAAGGCGCACGGGGUCCUUCCCGACACCUUCACCUACCCUUCUGUCAUUAAGGCCUGUUGCGCCACGUGCAUGCCGUGGGAAGGAAAAUCGCUUCAUGGGUCCGCAAUUAGGUGUGGAGUCGACCGGGAUCUCUACGUGGCCACCAGUUUGGUCGACAUGUAUGGCAAAUUUGGGCAGAUUGAUGAUGCUCGCAGGGUUUUUGAUGGAAUAUCUAAGAGGAGUGUCGUUUCUUGGACUGCUAUGCUUGUUGGUUACGUUGCCGUUGGGGAUGUUGUGGAGGCCGAGAAGUUGUUUAAUGAGAUGCCGCAGAGAAAUGUGGCUUCUUGGAAUGCGAUGUUGCAGGGUUUUAUCAAGUUGGGGAAUUUGAGUGGUGCUAGGGACAUGUUUGAGGCUAUGCUGGAGAAGAAUGUUGUUUCUUUCACCACCAUGAUUGAUGGGUAUGCUAAGGUGGGUGACAUGGUGGCCGCGAGGUUCUUGUUUGAUCGUGCUCCCGGAAAGGAUGUUGUUGCUUGGUCUGCUUUGAUAUCGGGUUAUGUCCAGAAUGGGCAGCCUAAUCAGGCGUUGAAAGUGUUUUUUGAGAUGGAAUCGAUGAAUGUGAAGCCUGAUGAGUUCAUACUAGUUAGCUUGAUGUCGGCUUCGACGCAGUUGGGAAAUUUAGAACUCGCUCAAUGGGUUGAUUCUUAUGUAAGCAAGAGCUGUAUUGAUUUUCAGCAGGACCAUGUAAUUGCAGCGCUUCUGGAUAUGAAUGCAAAAUGUGGAAACAUGGAUAGAGCUUCGAAAUUAUUUGAGGAAAGACCUAAACGAGAUCUAGUCUUGUAUUGUUCGAUGAUACAAGGGUUGUCAAUUCAUGGGCGUGGGGAACAAGCCGUGAAUCUAUUUAACAGGAUGCUGAUGGAAGGGCUGUAUCCGGAUGAGGUGGCCUUCACAGUCAUUCUCACAGCCUGUAGUCAUGCUGGGCUUGUUGAUGAGGGCUGGAACUACUUCCAAUCCAUGAAGCAAAAAUACUACAUUAGUCCUUCGUCUGAUCACUACGCCUGUAUGGUUGAUCUUCUAAGCCGGUCAGGACACGUAAGGGAUGCUUAUGAACUUUUAAAAUUAAUGCCUGAGCCUCAUGCCGGUGCUUGGGGUGCACUUCUUGGGGCAUGUAAACUAUAUGGUGAUUCAGAGCUAGGAGAGAUUGUUGCCAAUCGACUUUUGCAGUUUGAUCAUCUAAAUGCAGCGAACUAUGUGCUGUUGUCUGACAUCUAUGCAGCAGCAGAGCGAUGGAUUGAUGUUUCCCUUGUGAGAAGUAAGAUGAGGGAAAGGAGAGUGCGUAAGAUACCUGGUUGUAGUAAAAUUUAGUCUAGGGCCGAGUUG